AUGGCGCGUGCUUUGGUGUUUUUAAACAUCGUCUGUAUUCAAACUUUCGCGAACGCGCGCGAAAUCGUCUUUCCGCCUGUAGCUGGCUACCCAUCAGAGCAAACCAUUCUAGGAGGCUACAAUGAGAAUGAUGUUACUCAUUCAAAAUUUGCAGGACUGACGACUUACGCGAAUUUGCCAUAUGUGCAUUGCUUGGCCCCGAAGGAUGAUGAGAUUGAGACAUUUGACAUUGCCAUCUUAGGCGCACCAUUCGAUACAGGUGUAACAGCGCGUCCUGGAGCUCGCUUUGGCCCGAGCGGCAUACGUCAAGGAUCUCGGAGAAUAUCUUCCGCUGCAGGUUGGAGUAUUUACACAGGAGAGAACGUGCUGCUCGACUGGGCUAAGAUAGUUGAUUGCGGAGAUGCUCCCUUGACAUUUCUGGAUAACACUGCAGCAUUAAAACAGCUUGAUGAGGCCCAUAGGAUCGUAUCCUCCAAGACUACUAAUUCAAGCGAGCACACAACGCCCAGAAUCAUCGUUUUAGGUGGGGAUCACACUACGACCCUGUCGGCUCUGAGGUCAACCCAUCAGAACUGGGGUUCAGUCAGUGUGAUACAUUUCGACAGCCAUCUGGAUACGUGGGACCCUGCUGUGCUCGGUGGGGGGAUCUCUCACUAUGCUGGGGUAAACCAUGGUACGUUUCUUCAUAUAGCGCAUGAGGAAGGCUUGAUUCGCAACACAUCCAUCCACGCGGGUAUACGAGCGCCAUUGCUCCGGCCCAAAGGUGACCUAAGGAACGACCUAAGAUGUGGGUUCGAAAUGAUUCGGGCUAGAGACAUCGAUCGCUACGGCGUCUCCGGUGUAAUCGACAGUCUGAAGAAAAGAGUUUCCGGAACAAAAGUCUAUAUUAGCGUCGAUAUCGAUGUUUUGGACCCUGCAUUUGCGCCUGCUACGGGAACUGCCGAGGUCGGAGGUUGGACCACGCGCGAGUUGUUGUCGAUUAUCGAUGGUCUCGAGGGACUAGAAGUAGUUGGUGCGGAUGUUGUGGAAGUAGCGCCAGCCUAUGAUAAUUCUGGUGAGACCACAGGGUUAGCCGCUGCAGAAGUAGUACUUUCGCUGAUUGGAUUGAUGGUAAAAACCCCAAUCCGGGCAGCCAAAUGA